AUGCUUCCACAAAUAUAUAACAGCCAUACAGAAGAUGGCUCAUCUUCGACAUUUUCUUUAAGUACAACAGCGAAUAAUACGACUAAUAACAACGCCAGCAACAAUAAUAGUACUAGCGGUGCAAAUAAUGGUCAAGAUGGAUCGACAAUUGAAAGCAAUCAUUCAUCACCUGUUUGGCCGAUUCCAUCGACAUCGUCAUCAUCUAUAGCAAUCCCAGUUAAUACAAGCAAUGGCUCACAUCCACUGGCCAACCCAGAUUUGUUCUCUCCGGAACCGUAUUCAGUAGCAGCCAUGGCUGUUUCACGCUACGCUGAUGAUCUCUAUAUGAAUUGUUAUUCGACAAAAAUGAACUCACUCUUACUUGCACAAGCAGCUACCAAUAAAUUAAAUGAUCCAGCGAAUUCAUACAACCCUUAUUGCUAUCCAUUCGAUGAACCACGUGAAUGUGUCAAUUGUGGUGCAGCUGCAUCACCACAAAAUACGCGUUGGAGUAAAGAUGGUAGCGGUUUUAAUCUUUGUAACAAAUGCGGAAUCUAUUCAUCUCGUACGCCUAAAAUGUCUUCGAAUUCAGCGAUGUAUUCAACUUCUACCAAUCCCAACGAUCGAAAUAUUCGAAAAACUGGAGUUCUCCAUCGUUCAGGUAAUCAAUGCGCGAAUUGUUGUACAACGGACACGACUUUAUGGAGACGAAAUGCCAGCGGAGAAAGUGUUUGUAAUGCUUGUGGUCUUUAUUAUAAAUUACACGGAGUUAACCGACCAUUGACAUUAAAGAAAGAUGGUAUACAAACACGUAAACGUAAAUCAAAAAAAGAUAAAUCACCUAAAACCAUCGAUGUUACACUUCUGAAUAAGAACAGCCGACGAACGUCGCCAACCAUGUCCGAAGCAGCCGCAUGCUCAUCUGAACACCAUCAAGCAUCCAAUCUGGAUUUAUCACCACCACCACCUCAAUUAUCACAAACAAUGCCAAUAUCUUCAGCAAACUAUACAAACGGUUGUACACCUGAUAACUUAUUAUUUUCAUAUGAAACAUCGAACCCUCAUCAUCAUCAUCUUUAUAACAAUUAUUAUGCUCCAUCGCCACCUAUUAAACAACUUACAUCACAAUUUGAUUAUCAUCAUCAUCAACAGCAACAUCCACACCAUCAUCAUCAGCAACAACAACAUCAAUCACAUUAUUAUCAAGGUCAUGCUGCUGCACUCUUCACUAAAGUAAAACACGAAAGUCAAUCGCUGUUUCCACCCAAUGAUAAUUCAUGGAUUGGACAAACAAAUUUUGGUGUAUGA